GUGUGUUGUGCUGUUUCUUUUUAACACAACAGAAAGGCUGUCAGCAGACGUCGGGUUGGGAAGCCCUUUCUUGGAGGGAGUUGCUCAUCAUGGCAGUGGCCCAGCAGAUGUUCUAGCACAACAUCAAAGAGUUGGCCUUUUUCUGUAUGGCUGUGAUCCUCACAGUUUGGAGUCCAUGCAGAUCUAUGGAAAUAAGUAUGUCAGAAAAUGCCACUGGAGCUUUUUCAUACUGCAUCGUUUGUUUCUUUUGGUUUUUUUUUUUAUUGUUUUUUGUCCAAUCCCCUUCAGAAGAUGUGUGUAUGCUAUUGAUAGUGACUGGUUUCAUCCCCAGUGUAAGAGAAUGAAUUGAGGCAUCUCUGAUACAGCCAGUUUCCUACAUUGCUAGGAGGGUGUACUUAAGUACCUAUUAUGUGUCUUACUGACAGACUUACCUUUGCUCCUGAGUGCAUUUAUGAUGUGUUUGCUUGGGAAGCUAUUGCUAUAGCAUUCACAUCCUAAGUAGCAGCAAUAAACUAAUAAUUGGAAGAAGGUGAGAAAUGUGUCUUUGAGUUAAGCUGUAUGUAUAGUUACAGUACCUAAAGCUGAAUGGUUGUUUUCUUCUUUUUAAAAAUGUUUUUUUCAAGUACUAAUUGGCAUACACAAACAUUCAACUCUGCAUUUUUUCAUCUUAAAGCUCUCACUUUCUUGCAUCUCUUGUUGGUGUAAAAUACAGAAUUGAAAGUAUACUGAACUCUAAUAACCUCAAGUUGUAUAAUCAGAAAAUACAACUUAUAACCAAACAUUUAGAAAUACAGAAUCAGUAGAUCGUAUGUUCAAGUUUUAAAUAGAUUAUACUUGUCAUACUGUGCACAGGAACAUAAAUGUGUGGUUUUUUAUUGUAAAUUCAAAUAGCUUUAAUCUAAUAGCACACAAUGAAGCUGUGCCAGUUUGGUACUGUGCCAGAAGCUGUGCCAGAGCUUUACUAAAUUCGGCUUCAGCUGUGAUUAUUCCUGGGUGUAACAGCAGUUUUUGAAGGUUUCCUGGGAGUCAUAUGACUUGUUUCUUGUGAUUCUUCAAACUUCUUUCAAAAGUGGUGUUUGGACAUGUUUUGUAUACAGAAGCUGACCAAGAGCAGAAGAGGCAGCUGGGGGCUUGCACUGUAAGCGCUCUUCAGAGAAUAGCUGGAGAGAUGCCAACUGAUUAUAAUUGAAGGUGCCCUGAGUGAUAUGUUGAUCAUCACUUAAUUUGAUCUAUUGACUGUAAACAAUAAAAAGGGAAUCCUUGCCCCUAACAGAAAUUGUGAUCUUUUUUGCUAAGAAGGCUGGAAGAAGAUUAAAGGUGUUGUUUAACUCAGUAUCUGUCACUUCUUCAAAUUUGUUGUUAAAAUAAUUUUAUUAAUAACUAAUAAUUAUUUUUUGACUUGUACUUGGUAGUUAAUCAGUUAACCAGACUGUAGGAAUGUGUAAUGAUUAGCCUAGACUUCGUUUUCAGCCUGGCAAGAUAUUUGUCAUUUGAUCAAGGUGGGUCUGGAUCACAAGCUGAUCAGAGAGGUGCAGUGCAGCUUGCUUUCUGCCUACAUCUUGCACAGUAGGAAGAGAGAAUGGGGCUGGCAAAGUGAAGGCAUCUUUGUGGGCUUCUGACUCUAACAGCUGUGUAUCAAACAUGAAGAUACCAAACAUAUCUCUUUCUGGCUUUUUAUCUAAAACACUAGGCUGGUUCGUGUGGAUUGCUGUGGAAUCCUCUUUAAUUGAAGAAAGACAUGAUGAUGCUCUGCAGUGCUAAUACUAUGGAUCAUACAUUAUUGGGGACAUUUCUGACAGCAUGAUUGUUGUGGGGGAAGCUGGGUAGGGGAAUCUCAUCUUGUUUGUGAAAAAAAUUGUUCUUUAUAUAGAAUUAUUUGUUUGGAAUUUAGAGGUUGAAUCUGAAAUGUUCUUGCAGAUGAGUUGGCAACGUUCCACCUCAGGAAGGAAAAACUUCUAAGGAGUCUGUCAUCAGCAGCUACAGCAGCAGGUCCCUUGGAUGAUCCUGAGUUUGAUGUUAAUACAGAAUAUGAUACGAUAACAUACAUGCAUUUGAUUGCAUGCUGGUCUGUUUAAUACUUGGCCAUUUUCCUAAAAUUCUGAGCUGAAAUAACCAAUUGAUAAAAGAGAUGCUGCUUCUAAAUCAUUAAUUCAUCUUUUUUUCUCUCUGCCAUAACAAGGGUAGAACAGAAGAUGAUUGAAAAGAUCUUUCCAAAAUAUUAACUUAAAGUAAAAAAAAAAAUUCUUCUGUCUUGAAAUGUACCGCAGUUGGUAGCAGGUGUUGUGUAAUAGGACAUGCUUUGUUUGCUUUGAGCCUUUAUUUGGUUUUGGUUAUGUCUCUGGGCUUAUUUAUCAUUUGCAUUGUUUCAACAGCAAUGAUUGUCUUGAAAAACCACUUUAUGAAAUGAAUACACAGUAGAGAAAUCUUUGCCUCUUUUUCUGCUGUGUUUUUCACAGGAAUUCCAUGUCCUCUUUAAGAAAAGGAAAUAAUGAAAAUCGCAGGAGCGUAUUUUAUACAAGUGAAGAGUGGGAGCUGCUGGAUGCAACCCCGAAAGACCUGGAGGACUCUAUGGCCCUGGAAGAAAAGAGGAAGCACCUGCCAGAAGGAAAUAAAGGACUGACUAGUUCAGCUUUUCCAUUUGAUUUUGGCCGCAUUCCACAAAAAACGAGACGCCCUUUGAAAGACAUGAUUGGAUCAAGCAAAAACCGGAACAGCAGUGACUCUUCUCCAACAGAGUGGUAUUCUGGUAAUGGCAACAAACUAGUCUCUGAGCUGCAAUUGAAGUAUCAGAGCCAGCAAGAAGAGUUGGAAAAGCUGAAGAAAGAUCUUCUGAGCCAAAAGGAACUUGUGCGCCUUCUGCAGCAAACAGUCCGAUCUUCCCAAUAUGACAAAUACUUUGCAAGCCGUCUUUGUGAAGGAGUUCCCAAAGACAAAUUAGAGCUGUUGCACCAAAAAGAUGACCAGAUUUUGGGUCUCAACAACCAGCUUGAAAAGUUAAAUUUGGAAAAAGAUAGUCUUCAACAGGAAGUAAAGAAUCUGAAAUGUAAAGUCGGAGAACUCAAUGAGCAGCUGGGCAUGCUGAUGGAAACGAUUCAAGCUAAAGAUGAAGUGAUCAUGAAACUGUCCCGCCAACUCAGCGAAUGUGAGGACAAUUCAUCCUCCCCAAGUGGAUCAGUAAAUUCUCCUGUGGCCACUUGUGUUAAUAAGGAACUACAGGAACUGGACAGGCUAAAAGACAGUCUUCAGGGUUAUAAGACCCAGAAUAAAUUUUUAAAUAAGGAGAUUUUGGAACUUUCUGCUCUACGAAGAAAUGCAGAAGCAAGAGAAAGAGAAUGGCAGGCAAAGUACACUAGCUUGGAAGCCAAACUCUGUCAGAUAGAAAGUAAAUACUUGAUCUUGCUUCAAGAAGUGAAAACUCCUGUUUGCUCUGAGGAGCAGAGCCCUGCUCGUGAAGUUAUCACCCAGUUACUAGAAGAUGCCUUGAAAGCAGAAACCAGUGAACAGCCAGAACAAGCAUUUUUCAAACCACACCUGGUCAGUGAAUAUGAUAUAUAUGGUUUCCAGACGGUCCCAGAGGAUGAUGAGGAAGAGAAAUUAGUAGCAAAAUCUCGAGCUUUGGACCUGAGAUCUCUUUCUCUCAGUGAAAACCGGGAGAUCUCCACAGGGGUAAAAUGGGAAAAUUAUCUUGCAAGUACAAUGAAUAGAGAGAUGAUGCGCUGUGCAGAACUGAAGAAUCUUAUUCGAUCUGGAAUUCCACACGAGCAUCGCUCCAAGGUGUGGAAGUGGUGUGUCAAUCUCCAUGUUAAAAAAUUCAAGGACAGCACUGUUCCUGAGUACUUCCAAACCUUGCUUCAGAGCGCCCUAGAAAAACAAAAUCCUGCAUCUAAACAGAUCGAGUUGGAUCUACUGAGAACUUUGCCAAACAACAAACAUUAUUCUUCUCCCACAUCCGAAGGGAUCCAGAAGCUGCGAAAUGUGCUGCUGGCCUUUUCGUGGAGAAAUCCUGAUAUAGGAUAUUGCCAAGGGCUCAACAGAUUGGUAGCAAUUGCCCUUCUGUACUUGGAACAGGAGGAUGCUUUUUGGUGUCUGGUAACAAUAGUGGAAGUCUUUAUGCCUCGUGAUUAUUAUACUAAGACACUGCUGGGAUCUCAGGUUGAUCAGCGAGUGUUCAAGGAUUUAAUGAGUGAGAAACUUCCACGUCUGCAUGCUCAUUUUGAACAGUACAAAGUUGACUAUACUCUUAUAACUUUCAACUGGUUUCUUGUGGUAUUUGUGGACAGCGUGGUUAGUGACAUCCUUUUCAAGAUAUGGGACUCAUUCCUGUAUGAGGGACCAAAGGUAAUAUUCAGAUUUGCCCUGGCAUUUUUUAAGUACAAGGAAGAAGAAAUCUUAAAAUUGCAAGACUCAAUGUCCAUUUUCAAGUACCUUCGAUAUUUCACGCGUACCGUAGUUGAUGCUAGGAAGCUGACUGGCAUUGCUUUUGGAGACCUGAAUCCUUUUCCAUUACGUCAGAUCAGGAACCGGAGGACCUAUCACCUGGAGAAGGUGCGUCUUGAGCUCAAUGAACUUGAAGCCAUUCGUGAGGAUUUCCUGCGUGAACGAGAGACCUGCGUAGAAAAAAGAGACCUUAUUAGUGAUGAUGAGGAGGAUAGUUGAAACUUCUCAACAUAAACUUUUCUUUGGGAUCCGUGACCCAAGUGAGUUAACGUCCAAAACUUCUUAUUAAUCCUAUCAACCAGAAUGUAAACUAAUUGCUUUCGGAAAUAUGCAGGACAGAUUUCCAAGCCCCAGCACUUUCAGAAACGUGUUGUUUUAUGGAGGCCAAACACUUUUGUUUACGUUUAUGUUCAUGGAAUUGUAUGUAGGGCACUUAUUGUAUUUCUUCAUUUAGUCAAGUAGCUGAAUUUGCUGAAACUGUUGACAGUUGUUUUCCUGCAGCACAUUUUUAGUUGUCUAUAUGUGAAACAAUAGUAAGAAAAGUCUGCAUGGUGUUUACUAUGUUCAUUGCCAGGCUUCUGCAUUUGUGUGAUUGUAAUCAUGUUUUUUUAUAGUGCGAGUUCAAUGUGGGAAGACAUUUUUCAGUUUCAGGUUGGCUUAAUAAAUGGCUUUUAUUUUUUUGUCCGUGGGAAAAAAAAAAAAAAAGCCCAUUUUUGGUCACAACUAGAAAAGAACGGCUUGAAGCAUGAGAAGGACUUUUACGUUCCUUUAUCUUUUCCUGAAGUGACAUGAAAUGGAUCAUCCAACAGAAGACUUUAAGUACUUAAGUGUAAGAUAAGUCCUUAUUUGUCAUUGAAUGUUCAAUGUAUACUACUACAGAGUGAUAUCAAAUAUCAUGUAUGCUUUUCUGAGCAGGUGUGUUGCUGAAGAGUAAUGUUAUUACAAAAGAUUUAAUUGAACAAAUUCUGUUCAGUUUGAUUUCUAUUCUCUUUUUUGUGGUUGUUAUCUCUCAAAAAACAAAGCCACAACCAAAAGCCAACUACUAGGGAAGAAGAAGAGAGCUUUCUGCAGGAGUAUCUUUUAAUACUGAAUUAGCAUUUUUUUUCAUUAUUUUGAAUUUAAAUCAUUCUGUUUAGGUCUUAAAGUAGGACAGAGUCAUGAUCUUUAAAAAGAGACACAGCAUUCUUUCUGCAUGAACACAUAACUAACCUGUAAUAGUGGUAAAGAUAGCAUUCAAAAAACAAGUGUUAAUCAAAGAACCCUAAAGGCCACAGCACGCGCAUACAAAUUUAAGACCUUUUUCCAGCAGAAAAAUGCAAUAUUUUCUUAAUCUGCUCCAGUUUUCUGUGAGCAUUGUGUGCUCCUGCUUUAAGACAGCUCUUAAGAAGGAUUUGGAGCAGCUGUGAAAAUGUGACCGGAGGCCAUUCUUUCUCAUUUCAUCACUAGCUGUAUUCUUAAACAGUUCUGACAAUGAGGAAGAGUUCCUGUUUAGGUGUGUGGAUUAUUCUGGUGUGUUUUGUUGUUUGUUUUUUAAUUGGCUUUUCUCUGUACUCCUGCAGUGCUCUUUCUUGAGCUGUUGAAUCUUAGUAAUGUUAGAUUGGCAUAGAUGUUGGCUCAGGAUAGGUCGUGAUAAAACUAACAUUCAAACACUAGUCAGCAAAUUGGUCAGCUCUGGGAAGGAGUGGUUAAUUGGCAAAACAAACCAAAAACCAGUGGUCAGGAGCAGUCCAAGUGCAUGAAGCUUCUGCUUCAUCUCUUUCAGUUUCCUGAGAGCGGGUGGGAUUUCUCUGGCAGGUGUCCUCCUGUAAUGAUUCUAAAAAGUUUAACGUGUCUGGGGAGAAAUUUUGCAUCUGUUUCACAGCACUUUUUUUUUCCUUGUGAAUGUAUUUAUAGCCUUCUCUAAACAUAUUGUUAGUCAGUUUAUCUGGGAGGGAAAUAUUUAAUCAACAAGGUGAACGUAACUUGCAGGUUUUACUUUGACAGAUCAUGUAUGCCUCUUCCUACAUAACUACAAAUUAGCCAACAAAUCCUUGCCAGUGAGGGCACGUGGUAGAAUCAUCUUGACUUGUAUGUCAUGUGUCUUCUAAAAUGACCCCUACCUUGUCUUGUCUAUUGUAAGGGGUAGGUUUUCUUUUUUCCUAGUUACUCUUGGUUGUUUACUUGAAUUUGUUAGGCCGGGUUUUUUCAUAUUAUUAUUGCAUGUACUGUAUUCUUUUUACUUACAAUCAGUAUUUGAAUAGAAAAACGGGACCAGCUUUUCUAAUUUUCUACUUAUACCGUUUUUGGAAAGAGCUGGUCUCUAAAUGAGUCUGUAAUGUCCAGUAUUUUUUUUUCUCUUUUCAUCUUAUUUUUGUGUGGUAAAUGAAAUCUUUUCUAAGCUGAAGAUCUUCCUUCUAGUGGCAACAGUUGAAAUGCAGAGGUGAAGACUUUAGAUGCGUGUCUGCACUAGGAACUGGUUCUAUAGCUUAAGACAUUUUCAUGCAGAAUUCGUUGAAGUCUUCGGGCUGUGAAGCUAAAUCUAACUUUAGAGAACUGUUCAGGAGGUUCUGCAGAUGACAAAACGUGACCUGCAAUAUUGCAGGGUCACUUCUUUUUUACAUUUGUGCUGAACUAUAAAUUGUAUUAUUGUGAUUCUUUAUACAAAUUGUUAAUGGAUUGUGUGGUGGAACAAAGUAGCUCUGUUUCUUAUUCCGUUAUGUGAAUCUCCUACCUGAAUAGUAGGAAAUGAUGCAAAUCAUGUUGUCUCUAGGUAUUUUGUUAGUUAUUGAAAUGAGUUGGUGUUAGUAUUAUAAAGUGAGUUGGUGUUCAUUUACCGAAGAGCCAAGCAAGUUCAUUUGGUUAAGAAUGCUUAGUUAAAAUGUCAA